AUGAAGAUGCCGGUGGGAACAAGUUUGUGUUUGAUCGUAGGACGUCGACGGCUAUCCCCAUCGAGGACUCUGGUGACGACACGUCUGUUCAGCGACUUCAAGAAGCUACUGGACAAGCCUAGACAUGCCGAGCUCUGGUUGUCGAAGAAGAUGAUGGACAAAGGUCGAGAGGUGAGUUGGUCAUCUCUGACUCUCGACAAGAAGAAGGAGUUUGACGGUGCCAUGGCAAAGGAGAUCUCGAAUGUCAUUCGGAACUGUGCUGUGAGAGCUCUAGCGGCCAAGGAGAAGGAGAAGCUGGACAUCCGUCGCAUCAUGAAGAUGCGCUGGGUCCUCACUUUCAAGUCGGAUGGACGGGCCAAGGCCAGACUUGUGGUCUUGGGGUACCAGUCUCCUACGUUGGUGGAGUCACAGGCCAGUUCUCCCACGCUGAGCAAGCUUGGGAAGAUGCUCAUCCUGAGCAUCGUUGCCAACAAUUCUUGGAUGUUGGAGAGCGCUGAUGUGUCGAGCGCCUUCCUUCAAAGCCUCCAGGAUAUGGAGAAGGAGGACUUGUUCGUGUACGCCCCGGCAGAGCUUGCAGCAGCGUAUGGCGCCGAUGGCACGGAGGACUCAACAGUGCUCAAGUUGACUCGUGCCUUCUAUGGACUCUGCAGUGCUCCGAAAUCGUGGUAUGAUACGGUCACUGCCACACUUCGGAAGUCCGGCUGGCGGCCCUUGGAGUUUGACAAGUGUUUCUUCAUCCUAGUGAACAAGGCCAGCGAGCUGUGUGGUGUCGCCGGGUUCCAUGUAGAUGACUUCUUGAUUGGAAGACGCAAGGGCGACGAGACCUUUGAACGAGCCAAGGCCGAGCACCUGAGCUCUUUCGAAUGGGGCAGAUGGGAACAGAAGAACUUUGAGUUUCCGGGCGCGAACCUCACCCAGAAAGAAGACGGGACCAUCUUUCUUGAUCAGAGGUCCUACACGGAAACAUGGGUUGAGGAGAUUGUGAUCCGUUCGUCACGGGCAUCCCAGACAAAGUCCAAGACCACGCCGAAGGAGAUCAGUGACAUCCGCGGUGCCUUGGGUACGGUGUCAUGGCGGGCGCACCAGGUAUCACCACAAUACCUGGCGGAGGUUGGACUCCUCCUCAGCGAGAUUCCGACCGCGACGGUGGACACCUUGCUGAGGGUGAACAAGUUGGUCCGGCAAGUCAAGAGGAACUCUGAGCAGACGCUCAUCUUCCAUCCUUUCGGAAGAGACUGGAAGGACCUGAUUGCCGGACGCGUGCUCACGUGCCUCGCUCCUCGAGAGAUCCUGGAUGGACAAGCUGUUCCUAUGAACAUCGUAUCUUGGAAAUCUUCGAAAGCCCCUCGUGAGGUCCUGGGAUCCAACGGGUCUGAAGUACAAACCAUCACCAUCGUCGAAGACUUGACCUACCUGGUUCGAUGUGCUUGGUUGGAGGCUCAUGGUCACCCACCUAUCCGUGGUGAGCAAGCUCGGAUGGUGAAGGACAACACGGUGGGCGCCCUCGUGAUGGAAAAGCUCGUGGAAUCCUUCUUCGACUAUUGGCAGAUCAACAGCGAUGGCGGCUUGUUUUCGAUCCUGCCUUUACUGCAGGUUGAAAUACAGUUUAUCAACCUUGUACAGCAGAUCGCGGAGUCGAGCAACUCCCCCUGGCAUGAAGAGGACGAGCUUCCAGAUCCGGAGUUUCACACGUUUGAAAAGCUCAGGAAUAUGUGGCUGUUAGUUCAACUUCCCCACUCGCCAGGCGCUCUCAGUCGCAUGGCCGCUGAGGUGCCUUGGUGCCGUAUAGAAGGUGGUGAGACAGGCGUGCUCCUGCCUCUUUUCAAAGAUGAGUGGUCCUGGAAUUUGGACCUCCGGCGAGUGCUCUACUUCCUGGGCCUGGGCUACCUCUUCUGCGGCGUCGGGGUUGUGUCGGACAUCUUCAUGAGCUCCAUCGAGGAAAUUACGGCGAAGACCACCAAGAAGAUGAAUCCGACCACGGGUGACUUUGUGAGGGUUAAGGUCUGGAAUGCAACAGUUGCCAAUCUGACCCUGAUGGCACUUGGUUCUUCAGCGCCGGAGAUCUUGCUAA